GCAACAUCGAAGCCUUAGCUACUUUUGCCACAUCCAAAACCAACACAUCUCACCAUGAACUUUUAUAAGAUCUUGGUCUUUGUCGUUCUUAUUCUGGCCAUCAGCCUAGGACAAUCUGACGCAGGAUGGCUGAAGAAAAUUGGAAAGAAAAUCGAACGCGUUGGUCAGCACACUAGGGAUGCCACAAUCCAGGGUCUGGGAAUUGCCCAACAGGCAGCCAAUGUUGCAGCAACUGCUCGCGGUUGA